AAAUAAUAAACAAUUUCUAUUUUUAUCCGUUGGUCGUAACAGACAUUGGUCUAUUAUUUUAGGUAAUUUUAAUAUUCAGUGACGAUUUUGUAGCAAAAGUGAUCAGCCCAUUCCUAUAGAACGGUACCAAUAACUCUUCUUUCUUUUGUGUUUAUUACCGAGAUAACUAAUGACUAAUGACCGCCAAUGGCCAAUGACUCAUUUAAACUAUUUAAUUAAUACAAUUAAUUGAUUGCAAGUAGAGUCUCCUAUUAUAUUAUUGAUUGAUAUUGUUAAUUUUUUAUAUUUAUUCAAAGUCAACUAAUUAUUUUAAUGAUUCUCACUCAGCAUUACAUUGUUUAUCAGGACCAAGUAGAGUAGUUCUUCACAACCAUUGCCAUUAGCUACCGGCUACCGGUACUAAUAACUGCGAGUGAGUGUCCACUGUCUGCAAGCCCAAAAACAUUACAAUUACAAGCCUGCCUGUAAUCUGACUCGGAGAAGUGCUAAUAUCAGAAAUAUCAAUGGAUAACAGUGAACUUAGCAAUGUUCAUUUGUCUAGUGAUAGUGACCAAGGUAAGAAGUCUGUAACUGAAACUGUAUCAUUGCAUACAAUACAAUGUUACUCAAUGUAACAAAAGGCAAAGGAAAACAACCUUCAGCCUCCAAUAUUAUCAUAACUACUGACAUUAAAACUAGGGUAUGAUCUGAUAAACUAGACAGCAAUGCUCUCCCAAAUUUUGAUAAAAUAAAAAUGAUUAAAACUAAAUGACUGACGAGGCUAAAACCUUCCUAAUUCUGGUUUUAGUAAGUUGUAAGAAAUGUAACUAUUCUAUUUCUAUACAUAAUAUUAUUGUAUUUAAAUCCAUACUUUGAUUGUAAAAUUUUGAGCAUUGGGACAUUUGAAAAUGGCUCUUACUCAUGGCAUACAGUCCUUGAUUAAGCCUGAAAAUUUGUAUUUCCCACUAAAAAAUAUCUGAGUCAUUGUAUAUGCAUGCACCUGUACCCCUCCCCAAUGAAGGAUGCAUUCUCUGAACACCUGUACCAAAUUCAAAACACUAGUAAAACGCAUUGAAUGAGCAGUUAGUUUGGCAGUAAAUAAUGUUUUGACCAAGUUCAUGGUCAAAUGUGAUAGUCACUUAACAAGUACUGGUACUGUCCGAAAACAUGUUCUAUUACUAUGCUGUCCCAACUUUCAACAUGCUUGCAUUUCAUUUUGUAAACAAAUAGAAUAUCAUCAUGACAAUUUUCUUUGUGCUAAGCCCACCGCCCACAGUUUGCAAAAAAUGACCCAGUGCGUACACUGCUUGUCUUAUUUCACGAAUGGCAUUUCCAUUGGUAACCAUCAGAUGACGCAGCACAUCGGACUAAAGAUAUGGGACUUUGACAUUUAUGAGAUGAGACAGUGAUCAGCCAGCCACUCUAACCAAAGUAUGCUGUUAUAUAGUGCCUUCAGCUUUGUGUCAUAAGUUUGCAGAAUUUUUCCUGCCAAAGCAUUAAUUGCAAAACGAACCAGUGGUUACUGGGUAUUACAAGCAAUUAGUCUGCAAGACAACUGCAUUCAUUCAGAGCCUUAGUUGUAAGCAAUUACAUCACCAAUUAUUGGUGCCAUCUGGCACUUUCUAACAAAAAGUAUACCAUUUGACAUUUGGACCGGCGUUCAGGGAAUUGCCCAAAUAUCUAUCUAAAGAAACAUGAAAAAGACCAGAGAAAGAACUCCAGUUGUUCAAUACUUUUUAUUUUAGACUGGCUUGGGAUACAUUUUCUAAUUGGAUUUUUUAAUUAUGUCUGCUGAAAUGAAUAUUUUAUUGGAACAAAAGGGAAGGGAGAAUUGUGUGUUUGUAGCUAUGUAUUUUGGAUUGAACAUAAAAAUUCAUCUAGAUUUUUAAAAAUUAGAUAUAGUAAUUAAAUUUUGAUUCUAUAUUUUUUUUUUAAAUCUGAUGUUUCUUAUUGAGAUAAGAGAAAUCAAAGAAAUAACUACAAGAGUGUAAAGUAAGAAGAUAGUAAUAUAAAAAUGCAACCUAAAACUCUUACUUAUUUACAAAAUGAAAGGUUUUUCUUUGAGUACCAGUAUCUUAAGUCUGUCCUUUUUUGUAUUUUAUUAAUUUAUAACAUGACAAUCUUUUCUCUAUCGUAUCCUAUUGUUUCUCUUAAAUCUUUCACCGCCUACAAAUUGUUGUCUAAGUAUCAAACCCGCUGCAAAAAUAAUAAUGCUUUUCUCAAUGGGAAUUUUUUUUUUUCUUAAAUUUUAUUUAAAAAAUCAAAGUACAAAGGAGCUGUAGAAAUUAUAAAAUAAACUGGCGACUUUUUCCAGAAAUUAAAAAAUAUUAAUGGAGAAAUAAAAAUAUACACCAUAUAUUUAUAUCAUAAAUUAAAAGUCAAUGUCUCUGUUCUAAUAAUCACUUUCCAAUCUCACCCUUGAGCAUCCUAGGUUGGGAAAUCUUGAUCUAGAGAAAGUAUCAAAAUCAGACUGCUAUAGUAUUUUUUACAAGACUAGUCCUUAUAAAAUCUGUUUUUCUUCAUGUAGAAAGUCAAUUAAUAUUUAUUGAAUGGACCUUAGCAGCCACCAGCUGGGAUUGCAUGAAGGGAGAUUUGUACAUGUGAACUUAUUAUCAGUAUAUUUUUUUUAUAGUCUUUUUGAUAACUUAAACCACAGCCACCCCACCCAAUCAGUUUUUAAGAAAGGAUUAUCAAGUAAUUAAUUGUUCCUUUCCAAGCCUUUUUUAAGAGAAAUAUAUGUAAUAAAAUUAUUUUUUAAAAAUCAAAAGCAAGUGUAGCAUCAAAUUGAAUUUCCUUAUUAAAUACCAUAAAAUUCAACUUGAUUUUAACCCACCAGGAGAGCAUCAUUCAUUUAACUCACGUAAUGAAAAUAAAAAUGAGCCCUACCUUGUCCCAAUAAGUAAGUACCUUAGUCAAACAAAUAUUAACCAAUGUAUUAUAAGGCAUUAAAUUUAUAUAAAAUGACAUUUAGCUUUUCGAUUAAAAAAUCUUAUAUUUGCUACUAUUAACUACUAAUAACAAAAUUACACUAUUUUGCUUUUUAAGCAAGAAAGUUUUUUUUUUUUUCUUCAGUUUUUUUCUUUUUCUUCAGUUUUUUUCCUGCUCUGUUUUGCUAAUAAUUGUUAUUUUAUGGAAUAGGCCUUGACCCUGAUGCUAAUCCUGAUGAUGAAGAAGAAAAACAGAGACUAAUAGCACAGGUUUUGGAGAGGCAAAAUACUUUAGAUGGUAGGAUGUUUCUUUAUUGAGAUUAAUUUUCUACUUACCAUCUGCUUUAAUUUGUUUUGAGUGAAAUUCUGUUGUUGUAAAGGAAUUUUGUUAACCUUUCACUUACAUGUCUUAAGUUUAAAUAUUUCAUGUUGAAAAAGAGACAAAUAAAACACUUCAUAAAUUAUACACCAUUUAACGUUUUCUUUACAAAUACUGAUAACAAAAUUUAACUUUUAUUACUGUCAGAUCUGUCUUCCCGAGUGGAUUCCGUUAAAGUGGAAAACUUGAAGCUGAAAUCAGAGAACCAAGUACUGGGCCAAUACAUUGAGAACCUAAUGGCUGCUAGCAGUGUCUUCUCCUCAGCCUCUCCAAAAUCAAAGAAAAAAUAAAAACAGAGUUGAAAGCUCAUAGAAAGAAAAAAAAAGAAAAUCGCAUUUAGUAACAGUAAAUAAUAGUUUUAACCAUUGUUAUAAAAUUCAUUAUCUGUUGUAACUUUCUCUGUUUGAACUACAGCUAAUAGUAUUGAUCAUACUCAUAGGUAUGAAAAAUUACAAUUUUACUGCUCAUCAACAGUUUCUCCUCUAUUUUGUUUUCUCAUUCGGUAAUUUAUUUUGUCUCAAAACUUGAAAAAAACACCAAAUAAAUUAUUUUUAUUGAGUAUCAAAAUUUGAUAUAAUUUUUUUUUAAUUACCCUACUGUAUUCAUAAUACCAAUAUAAUAAUGUGAGGCGAGACACACUAUGGAGAAGCAAAUGAAAAAGUGCUAAGUUCACCUUAAAUUUCAGUUCAUACAAGUAAGGCUGCCGUUUAUGUUACGGUACUAAAUUAGUUUAUAAGUAUAAGAUCUUUGUUGUUAACACUUACAAUAUAACUAGUUUUUUAUUACUCACUUAACAUCAGCAUUUUAGAUUGUGGUAAAGCUGAGAAAAAGUAAAAAUUUACUGCUUUUUCCUUUUAAAUUUAUAAUAGUAAUCUUGGAAUUAAAAGAAAUCAAUUUUGUAGUCACCAUAACGAUUUCUUGAUUAAUUGAAUUUGAUCAAUUCCAAUGUUUGCCCUAAAUUUUGAUAUAGGUGUAUAGCUUUUUGUUUGUGCUAUUGAAUGCUUUUUGAACGUGUAAAUUUAUUAAUUCCCUAAUUGUACACCAGCUGCUUAUGCUAUGAUUUGUAAUAAUUGGUCUAUGGAUAUGCAUGUCAAGGCAGUAAGUGUAAGCACUUUCUCAAAGCUAUUUAUUUCCACUUUUGUACAAAGAUAUUUUAAUAAUCUUGGAAAUCACCAAGAGAAUUAAUUUCAGUAUUACACAUUUCAUGGCACCCAUGUGGUUUUUUGUACCAAAUAUUUUUUAAAUGUUUAUUUCCUGUUUGUAAAUUAUAUAACCGUAACUAACAAAAUGUUAGAUUUAUAAAUUUGUUUAAUCGAAUUUACCUUUAAAUUAUUUAAAAGUAAUAUUUUAAAAUAUUUUUUUAUGUUUGUUUGCCAUAAAAUUAUGAUCGCUGUAAUUAAGUUAUAUGUGAUUCACUACUGUUUGUCUUUAUUUUCAUUAUUUGCAGUAGUUAGGCGACACUAAUUGUCAAAUAUUCAUUCACUUCAGCUAUCAUUUAUUUUUAUCAUCCAUAUUCAAUUAUUUUAAUGAAUUUUUAGGUACUUGAAUAUUUUGCAGACCAUUCCACUUAAAAUUAGAUCUGUUUCCUCUGAUGGAUUGACUGUUUUACCAUUAAUUUAGCCCAUCAUAUUGUCCAAUCCCUUCUUAGUUCUAAGGCCUACUCUGAUAAAUAUUAUUGAUCAGUGUUCAAUCUGAAGUGAAAGUAAUAACUAACUCAUUUGGACUCUAUAGUAAUAUUGUUGAAAUCAAAUUACUUAAUUGGUAUAUAUAGUAAUACAUGUUUUACUUCAAUAAAUUUGUACAUUAGCUUGCUGUUUUAAAAUAAGCGCAACUUGGAGAGACUUAAUCUUUUUUUUCCUUUCUUUUGUGUUUUGACUUUAUACUAGUCAAUGUGGGCUUUGUGCAAUAUUUUUUUUUGAAGUACAUAUCUCAAAUGUCAAAAGCUGUUUAGUAAAAAAAAUCUCCACAGCUGAAAGUGUUGACCAGGAAAACACAUUAAUUUUUUUUAUUGGGCUCAAGUUCUUGAUGGGUUUAAAACUAGGGCGGCAAACCCAAAAGGCUUGGCAGGUUUUAAUAGCGAGCAAACCAUUCGCAGGAUGCAUGUCAAUGUCAUUAAACCUGAUGUUAAAAUAUUAAAAUAAGUACCCACUAAAUCUGUAUUGAAAUAUUUAUCUAUUUAUCAUGCAUAUAAUGAAAUGCUAAGUUACAAAACAGAUAAAAUAAGCUAAUGUUAUAUUUUGUUUUCUCUCACAUAAUAUUUUUAAAAUUGAUGUCUCUGUCAGUUUAUUAUAUAGAAUGAAAAAGUUCAUUGUAAUAAAUCAGGCAUCUGUGGGCUGUGGAUUGGCCACCUCUGGUUUAAAAGAAUUUGUCUUUGAUUUGUACAGUUGUAUUUUUGAAAACCAUAAAAAGAUUUGUGCAACUUAAAUUAAGAUGUUUUUGCAUUUUUUGUAGAGAAUCAAAAAUUAAUUUAGGAGCAGUUUUAACUAUCACACUAAUGCUUUCUAACUGUAUAGUCAAUAAAAAUGUAAAUGCAUG